AUGGAUGCCUUUGUGCCAUUCAAUGCGAUUAAUUCAGCUUAUUAUCAGCCGAUGAUCGAUGCUAUUGCAAACAUGGGUGCAGGGUAUAAAGUGCCAAAUUACCAAAGAGUUCGUGGAUAUUUGUUGAGUAAAUUGGUUGAAGAUGUAAAGAAGAUGAUUGAAGGUUAUCGUGUGAUUUGGAAACAAACUGGAUGUACUAUCAUGGCUGAUGGAUGGACUGAUCGUUGUAGGCGUACUUUAAUUAAUUUCUUGGUUUAUUGCCCUAAAGGAAAUGUUUUCCUAAAGUCAGUUGAUGCUUCUCAUAUCUCGAAAACUGCUGAGGCUUUGUUUAAGUUGCUUAGGGAUGUUGUGUUAUUUGUUGGUCCUGAGAAUGUUGUACAUGUAGUGAUGGAUAAUGCUACAAGUUACGUUGCUGCUGGAAGGUUGUUGGAAUUGGAGUUUCCUAGAUUGUAUUGGUCUCUUUGUGCGGCACAUUGUAUUAAUAUGAUGUUGCAGGAUAUUGGAAAGUUCGUGGAAGUGACUGAAACUGUGUCACAAGCUUCAAUGAUUACGAAGUAUAUCUAUAAUCACUGCCAUCUGUUGUACUUGAUGAGACAGUUCACAGGCGGCCGAGAAAUACUUCAUCCAGCUCCAACUCGAUUCGCCACUAAUUUCAUUGCUUUGCAAAGUAUUUUGGCUCAAAAGGAUGCAUUGAGAGCUAAGGUGACAUCUAGAGAAUGGACAAGUUCAACUUACUCUAAAGAAGCCAAAGCUAAAAAGUUUGUGGAUCAAAUCUUAGAUUCUAAAUUUUGGAAUCAAUGCACUGAUAUUGUUAAGCUUACGGAGCCACUUGUUCAUGUAUUGCGUAUUGUAGAUAGUGAAGAUAGAGCUGCAAUGGGUUUCCUUUAUCAAGCUAUGUAUAAGGCUAGGGAAGACAUGGUGAAGAGGUUUCAAAAAAGAAAGAGGGUUGUUGAACCUUAUUUGAAGAUUUUAGAUUCACGUUGGGAUUCACAACUUAAAAGAAACCUUCAUGCUGCUGGUUAUUGGUUAAAUCCAGCUUUUCGAUUUAAUUCUGCAGAAUUUGACAAGCACAAAGAAACAAUUUCUGGCCUACUAGAUGUGAUUGAGAGAUAUGCUUACGGUGAUGCUGAUUUGAAUACUAAAUUGACAAGUGAGAAGAGAAUCUUUAAGAAUGAUGAAGGAGAUUUUAGAAGACAGUCUGCAAUACGUGAGCGAAACACAGUGAUGCCUGAUCAAUGGUGGGAAUCUUAUGGAUGUGGAGCACCAAACCUGCAAAAGUUAGCGAUUCGUGUUUUGAGUCAAACUUGUAGUUCUUCAGGUUGUGAGCGUAACUGGAGCAUUUUCGAACACAUUCACUCAAAGAAAAGGAAUUGGUUAGAGCAUCAAAAGAUUAAUGAUCUUGUUUAUGUUCAUUACAACUUAAGGCUACAACAAAGGAACCGAAUGAGAAAGCAAAGUUAUGAUCCAAUUUGUCUUGAUGCAUUUGAGGAUCAUUCGGAAUGGAUAAUGGAAGAUUCACCACCAUUUUUAACUCCUGAAGAAGUUGAUGCUUUACGGAAUGAUCUUGCAAAUAUGUCUCUUCAAUCAGCUUUAGAUGAUUUGGGUAUAUUUUUGUUAGGGAUGAUUUUGUAAUGCUUUAACCAAAUAUUUUGCCUUAUUAUUGAUUAUGAUUUGUGAAACAUUAUUGAAAUGCUAGAUGAAUUGAAUCGGGAAGAUGAUCGAGAUGAUGGUGAAGCUAAUAAUACUUCUGCAGAAAGUGCAAAUCAGAAUGAAACCAAUCAGGAUGUAGCUCCAGAUUUGUCAGAUGAAGAAAGAUAUCCAGACUUUGAAGUUACUCCUUGGAUAUAAUCCAUGAAUUUUUAUUUUCAUUGUGUUAAAUUGAGUUGUUCAUGUAAUAGA